GUAGUUUUCGAGACAGAGGCGCUCAGAGGGAGGGUCACAGUAGGGCCAGGCACUCUUCUCGGGAGCUUCUACGUGUUUUAUACACGUGGUUAAGAAAAAAGAGGGAGAAUUCAGGUGCCACAGUGGCCAUUCUCCAGUGACCGGAGCGUGUUACUCAGAAACGGAUCCGUCAGAGGCCAAUGGGAGCUGCCGGCCUUCAGGGCGCGCCUGGUGGCGCCGAGCAUCCUGGGAGGUGUGGUCCGGGCCCUGUGCCGAGGAUUCGGGGUAGUGUAGUCCUGGCGCCCCGCUGGAGGAGCUCCCCAGCUGGUGGCUGGAGCGACCCCUUGUUCUUUGGUGGCGCUGGCACACAUGGCAUUCAGGGAUGUGGCUGUGGAUUUCACCCAGGAUGAGUGGAGGCUGCUGAGCCCUGCUCAAAGGACUCUGUACAGAGAGGUGAUGCUGGAGAACUACAGCAACCUGGUCUCACUGGGAAUUUCAUUUUCUAAACCAGAACUCAUCACCCAGCUGGAGCAAGGGAAAGAGACCUGGAGAGAGGAAAAAAAAUGUUCACCGGCAACCUGUCCAGAUCAUCAAGAAUAUGGAAACAACUGUGACCUAAAGAAAGAAGCAGAUCCAGAGCCAGAGCUCUACCUCGAUCCUUUCUGCCCUCCGGGUUUCUCCAGUCAGAAAUUCCCCAUGCAGCAUGUGCUGUGUAAUCAUCCCCCCUGGAUCUUCACAUGCUUGUGUGCAGAAGGUAACAUCCAGCCUGGGGAUCCGGGCCCAGGGGACCAGGAGAAGCAGCAACAAGCCUCUGAGGGGAGACCCUGGAGUGAUCAAGCAGAAGGUCCUGAGGGAGAAGGUGCCAUGCCUUUGUUUGGAAGAACCAAGAAAAGGACUCUGGGAGCGUUCUCCAGGCCACCCCAGAGGCAGCCAGUCAGCUCUCGGAACGGCCUCAGAGGGGUGGAGUUAGAAGCCAGCCCAGCUCAGACAGGGAACCCUGAGGAAACAGACAAAUUGUUGAAGAGGAUAGAAGUCUUAGGAUUUGGAACAGUCAACUGUGGAGAGUGUGGACUGAGCUUCAGCAAGAUGACAAACCUGCUCAGUCACCAGCGGAUACACUCAGGGGAGAAGCCCUACGUGUGUGGGGUAUGUGAGAAGGGCUUCAGCCUAAAGAAGAGCCUCGCCAGACACCAGAAGGCACACUCAGGGGAGAAGCCAAUUGUGUGCAGGGAGUGUGGACGAGGCUUUAACCGGAAGUCAACGCUAAUCAUACACGAGCGGACACACUCCGGUGAGAAACCUUACAUGUGCAGUGAGUGUGGGCGAGGCUUCAGCCAGAAGUCAAACCUCAUCAUACACCAGAGGACACACUCAGGGGAAAAGCCUUACGUGUGCCGGGAAUGUGGCAAAGGCUUCAGCCAGAAGUCAGCUGUCGUGAGACACCAGAGGACACACUUGGAGGAGAAGACCAUCGUGUGCAGUGACUGUGGCCUGGGCUUCAGCGACAGGUCAAACCUCAUCUCCCACCAGAGGACGCACUCUGGGGAGAAGCCCUAUGCCUGCAAGGAGUGUGGGCGAUGCUUCAGGCAGAGGACCACCCUUGUCAACCACCAGAGGACACACUCAAAGGAGAAGCCCUAUGUGUGCGGGGUGUGUGGGCACAGCUUCAGCCAGAAUUCAACCCUCAUCUCUCACAGGCGGACGCACACUGGGGAGAAGCCGUAUGUGUGUGGGGUGUGUGGGCGAGGCUUUAGUCUCAAGUCACACCUCAACAGACACCAGAACAUACACUCAGGGGAGAAGCCCAUUGUAUGCAAGGACUGUGGCCGGGGCUUCAGCCAGCAAUCCAACCUCAUCAGACACCAGAGGACGCACUCAGGCGAGAAGCCCAUGGUGUGUGGGGAGUGCGGGCGAGGCUUCAGCCAGAAGUCAAACCUUGUUGCACACCAGAGGACGCACUCAGGGGAGAGGCCGUAUGUGUGCCGGGAGUGCGGGCGAGGCUUUAGCCACCAGGCCGGUCUCAUCAGGCACAAGCGGAAGCACUCGAGGGAGAAGCCCUACAUGUGCAGGCAGUGUGGACUGGGCUUUGGCAAUAAGUCAGCUCUAAUCACACACAAGCGGGCUCACUCGGAAGAGAAGCCUUGUGUGUGCAGAGAGUGUGGCCAAGGCUUUCUCCAAAAGUCACACCUCACCUUACAUCAAAUGACACAUAAGGGGGAGAAGCCAUAUGUGUGCAAGACGUGUGGGCGGGGCUUCAGCCUCAAGUCUCACCUCAGCAGACACAGGAAGACCACGUCUGUCCACCACAGACUGCCAGUGCAGCCCGACCCUGAGCCGUGUGCAGGGCAACCUUCGGAUUCCUUAUACUCUCUCUGAAGGCAAAGAUGGGGACAAGGACUAAGAGUCAGAAUGUUGACACUUUGAUGAAAUGGAGUAGAGAAAUGCAUUCUGUAAGUGGUCAAAGGACAUUUGACUGUUUACUUUCUCCACACUAAGUCUUCUCCAUGUUUUGUGGCCUUCAGUUGUAAUAAACUUGGCUUCUUUAUACAUCCGUAA